AUGUCUGUAGCUGAAGAGACGGAGUCAGUCACUUCCGAGAGCGCCUCAUCUCCGCACAAGUCCACGCGUAUCCGCCGUAUGAAGGCUUGCAAACAGUGCCACAGUCUUAAAGUCAGAUGUACCCCAGUCAAUGCAAGUGACCCAUACCUGCCAUGUGUCCGGUGCUUAAAUUCCAACAAAGUUUGUGAAAUCGAUAUGGAUCAGCCUCGCAAAAGGCGGAAGCGGGCUACCAAGAAAGAGUAUGAGUCCAUCGCUGAGCUCCACGAACAGAUCGCAGACCUACAAGAACAACUUCAGGCUGCUAGACGUUCAAAUAAAGAUUCCAGGUCCGAAUCCCUGGUACCAGAACGACCCACUCCAGAACAUAUCCCUGCUGGUCCCACAGUCUCAGACAAGCAGUCUCCCCCUUUCAUCUCCAAGGUGGACCUCGAAGAAGAGAUGUCUAAUCUAUGUGAGGAGAACAUCAACUUCGCUGAAAUCUUCGAGGAGAUCCGAGUGGUCUCUUCCAAACGCCAGCAAUUGUUGCAAAAAGACCGCAUGAAAGAUGCAAUCUCGGCAGGGAUCAUCAGCGUUGACGCAGCGAGACAACGUCUCCAACUCUACCGUGAAAAGCUUUAUCCUGCCCACCCGCUAGUGGAAAUAGAAGACUCCGUAACUGUGGAGAUGUUGAUACGAGACCAGCCGUUCUUGUUCAACGCUAUAAUGACCACUACAACAAUAUUGGUUGAGGACGCACGCGACCAAGAUAUGUCUUUGACAUUGGAGAACCAUGCUAUGGAAGGCAUCGUGAAUGAGGUCAUGGUGGCAGGAACAAAAUCUGUGGAACUCUUGAAGGCACUCAUUCUCCUAUCGCUCUGGUAUAACAGCCCAGAAUUCUUCAAGCUGAGACGUUAUCACAUUUUCAACUGUGUGGCUGUCACCUUGCUCCACGAUCUCGGUAUUUUUAACAGAUCUUCGGUCACCUUCAGCAGUGAUGCUAAGCUCAUACACAAGAACGAUGAGAACUACAAAAGUUUAGAGUAUCGUUCCCUCAUCUUAAUACUUUAUUUCAGCACGGUGAGCAUCUGUUUGAUUCUUCGACGGACUGUUUUCGUUCGGUGGACGCCGUACGUUAAUGAGAGCUGUGAGGUCCUUGAACAGAUGGGUGAGCAGAAAUAUAGAACGCUUGCAAUGUUCCUGCGGCUUAAUCACCAGUUGGAGAGGAUGCAUAACCUUAUUCACUCUCAUGAGUAUGCGGAGAAACCUAGAUUGUCGAAGUACAUCCGAGCAGAGUUCCAGACAAAUUUGGCCAUCAUCAAGGCUAGAAUGAGCCCCGAUGACCAUCGUCACCUUGCAUAUUACUACUCUGUAGAGGCGUAUUUGUAUCAACCAGCACUUCCAGAUGUGCAGUGGGCAGGUACAAAUGUUGGCAACUUUCCGAAGCUUGACUCGGGUACAUUGAGUGCUAUUGCUCAUUGCACUGCCUCGUGCUUAUUUGCAUUAGAUGAGUUUGCAAAGCUUCUGGCCACGGAGAUUGCUGGACUUCCCUUGUUUUACUCAUCUCGAAUCAUUUACACCGCAGGUAUUCUUUUGAGACUCCGAUACCUAAUUUUAUCCCUUCCAUCUCAUAUCGAGAAAGAAAUGGUGCCCAAGUACGCAAUUUUGACAAUCCAAAAGCUCAGCAAACAAUUCAGAGAAGCGCAAAGUAAGUUCCCAUGCAAUUUCUUCCUCAAGAAAAUGGGUAUCAUUUUACAAUUGUUCAUCCAGACCUAUGUGACUCAAGUAAUGGACUUGCUAAAGAAAAAUGAAGGUUAUACUUCCACCAGCUUCAAGUCUCCUCCAAUUUCCAUUGCUGAUAGAGAUGAUUUGGUACAUGUGGCUACUACCCUUCAGGGCGUAACAGGUAAUCUGAUUACUGACCCACAGGGACCAAGUGCCACGACACUUCCGCUAGAUCUUCUUUCGUUUGCAGCUGCUGCAUUCCGUAAUAAUAGCGAACAAAAGGAGCCUAGUAAGCCGGAAGAGAAAAAGGAAGUACAACAUCCGCUAUCAAAUGGUUUCCCUCCCGAUCGUCCUGGCACUGCUCCCAAUUUGCCAGUGCCUAUGCAUUUUCCACAACAAACACCAGCUCCUCCAUGGUAUGGAAGUGGUAGUUUCCAUGGGGGUGUUCCAAGCCCUAUUUCCCGGAAUGACGAUAGGCGCAAGGUUCCGCUUGUGAAUCCCAACGUAUCUUCUACAUCUGUUCUUACCGGCCCUACGCUAGAGGGAUACCUCGUUGGACCUCACAAUAGCGUAAAUGAGGCCAUGAACUCAAUGGAACCAGAAUUGACUUCGCAAGGCAAUUCCUUCUUCAAUAUCGAUGACGAGUUCUGGUCCAAUUUGCUCAGCACAGACUCCAAUAAGUUUCAUUUCGCCCAGAGCGAGCCUCUGCACACCGACAAUGUCUUAUACCAGAACGCAAUCUAG